ACACUCUUCUUGCUGCUCCAACCAAUCUCUUCAUUCUUGCGACGCUUCUUUCCUUCCGUGCCACACUCUUCCUUCUAUCCAUAUUUUACUCUCUUCAUCCUUAGCCCUCGAAUUACUAGCCUUGGCCGACACUAUCGAACGCCGGCUGAGACGUUCUUUUUCGGCUUUGUACAGUACUUGACGUCUUGUUCCCGGCUCCCAUAUUCAUCCAUCUCACCUGACCCUCGACUCCGCUUUCCACCACCACCACUACAUCCUUUGUGAACCGUCAGCACCAGCACCACCAGCACCACCACCACCAUACCACGAAUUUCUUUCUUUCUUUUUCAAAACUCCAUAUCCAGUAUCCUCAUCCAAAAAUGGACUGUAUAGAGGCUGCGGGCGCCAGGCGGGCCAUGUCGCUCAUGUUCACAGUUCCUGAGCGCUUCAUCGGCUUCGCGCACAUGGACCAAAAGACUUUCUUCGAACUCUCCGACUGGAUUCUCGCAAACGUUGCGUCGACCAUCACUACCGACAUUAGUGUCGAAGAAUCGCUAUUCGUCUUCCUGGACAUUGUCGCACAGGGGAACAGCUUCAGUGCUGUCGCGUACGGCUGGGAUCAUGACGUUGAGCUGACACAGGGAAUAUUCCUAAACGUGCUCAACGCCCUCACCGUACUGCGCGAAAGCCGCGAAAUCGCCGACUCAUGUCCGCCAUUCACACAAACUCGUAAACGCUGGGAAGUCGCCCGAAAAUGGAACCAAAAACGGUCUCGCAUGGGUGGCGUAGGUGGCGCUGUCGGCGGAGUAGUCAGGAUAGGUUACGACGAGAUGUCGAGGGACGGCCUCGAAGUCGAUCAGGAAUGUCUCAAGGAGGCACUGAUCGCGCUCAACAACUUCAUCCAUGAGAACGCCGACCAUGACGAGUCAUGAUCGUGUCGUUGCUCGGUUUUUUUUUCUUUUGUUUGCAUCGGUACCGGUGUUGAUUUGGCGUCUGGAUAACGACUUGGGUUUGGGUAGCGCAUCGCAUCGGUUGGAAAGAUUGGGUUUGGGUUUUUCGUUGUUGUCUUGACACGAGUUUCCUUUGGUUCUUCGUUUCGUAUGUACAUAGCUUGUACGUUCUUUCGCUCUUUCGCAGGUCGAAGAAAAAAAUGCCGUCAUGGCUAGGCUUUGACAAUGCCGCCUCCUCUCCAGACCCUAUUGUUGUACGUGCCCAUUUUAUCUUGCAUCCUGGUCCCUAUCCUCCCAGCUUCAGUGUUGCGUGUAUCGCAUCAGUUUCUCC